AUGGAUAGCGAGAGUGGAAUUCCAAUUUUAGAUUUUGGUAAGAACAACAGAAUUAUAUUAGAAGAAGGAAGUGAAGGAUGGAAAAAAAUGAGUAAGAAAGUAAGAGAAGCAUUUGAGAAUCACGGGGCUUUUCUCUUAAGGUGGGAUGAAAUAUCGAAUGAAUUACAUGAAGAAAUGUUUAGAGGCAUGAAAUCUUUGUUUGAACUACCAGAAGAGACAAAGUUGAAGUUCUCUAGCCCAAAAACUUAUAGGGGUUACACGUCCAAAAAUCAUGUCAUUCCUCAUUGUCAAAGCUUUGGGAUUGAAGAUGCUUUUCAACCAAAUAGGACUCAAAACUUCACUAAUCUCAUGUGGUCAGAAGGAAAUCCAAUUUUUUGGUAA